UAGAAAAUAAUUUAUUUUGAAGCAUUACUAGAGAAUUCUCACUGCAUACAUCACAAUUUGGAAACUUUCCUUGUUGCAUUGCAAUAUGCCAGAUGGUUUAAAGAUCUACCUCUGCAAGAUUAUGCGUACUAAUUGGCAGUGCAAACUUGCUGUCAUUCGAAAAACUCAGCCUGCCUAUAGUGAUGGAAUUCACGGAAAGUUGCUGACCUAGAAUAUGUUGACGUUGCUUGAUGGUGCAUUCGUUUGAGUGGAGCCGCAUCAUUAUCAUCAUGUCAUAUGGUCAGUUACUUAAGAUAGCCCAUGGUAUGACUUGCACACAUACCAAAGGGACGGUAUAUGUUGUCAAGCGCCUGUCUAUACACCAUGCUUUCACUAACAAACUCAAUAACUCGAUGUCAAGACAACCUCGCAACGUGGAAUAAAACAAGAAGCGAUGCAGAAUAAAUCACCAGAUUUUUUUUUUUAGGUGCUGUUACAUCAUAUACAAGAGAAAGUGGGGAAUACAACAACGUCAUUGAAGUUUACCACGAGACGUUAUAGUGUGGCUUUUUCAAGUUUUACUAUAAAGAUGCAUGAUUAGGACAAGGUGGCUGAUUAUAGAAUUGCAAAACUACAACCCGUGAUCGAAGUUACAACCCGUGAUCCAUUUUCGCAAUUAACUUCUACUAUAUAUUUAAGUUAAUCGAUUACAAACUAAAUCGAAAGCUUUUUCUUCACAAACAAACGUAGCUACACCUAUUACAUCAUAUACCAAAGAAAUUCUAAACGAGCUUGUUUAAGGGGAUGAUGACUUAGUAAAAGAAACGAGGAACUAAAAACUAAAAACUACACCAAAAAAGAAAAAAAUUAUUUCCCUUAAAAAAUUAAUUUCUUAUCAAGAACUUACACAUUAAGCUUAACCAGGGCUAACUACACCACAUGCCUAUAAUCGACCCAAACACAAAAAUCCCUGGUAUUUCCAACAAUUCCCACUUGAUUGAAUGGAUCAAUGACAAUAAAGUCACUUUUCAUGAGGGUGUCACCAUUGAGGAAACCACCUAUGGAGGGAUUGGUUUGUUCUUUAGCAAGCCCGAUGCCGCACCAUCCGAAGACUUUGAAGUGUUGAGAAUACCACGAAACGCAGUAUACGAUAUGCUUACUUUGUUGAUCCCAUUAGAAGAAAUCAAACUUCGUGAUAGCACCUACGAAGGUAAAAUACCAAUCAAAGAGUCGGAAUUAAUCAUGAACUUUUUAAGCAUAUUAGAACCACAAACUGAGACAUUCAUAUUAUGCACUUAUUUCCUUGCAUUUAAAGCCAUUGAAGCUAUAAGGAUGAAGUAUCCUAACCAUGACUAUUACCUUAAUUCUCCCAGCCACAAAUUCGAUGUCUACUUGUCCAUUUUAAGUAAUACCGAAACGUUAAAAUUCCCCAAGUCCAUAGCAAAGCAAGAAGAUCAGUUCAUAAAUCAUUAUAUUUCCAUGUGUAAGAAGAUGAAUAAUGAAUAUGAAUCAGUUGUGGAGCAAAUGAAGAUCAUAUAUCAAGAUGAAGAGGUGGAUCUUGCAACAAUGUUGCCCUUUGAAGACUGUUUUCAGAUUUUCCAAGCCGUAAGGUCAAGAACGUUGGAAAUUCCUAGAGAUAUAGAGACAUUGACUUUAGACUUACAAACUAAAAAGUUGUAUGCUGACAACAACAACCAGAAUUAUGUUAUUGACGUUACCCUUGUUCCAACUCUUGAUUUUGCAAAUCAUAGUCAUAACAGCAAUGGAUAUUUUGAUGUGGACAGAACCAACAGCGAUGUUCUUUUAAAACUCGACCAUGAAGCAAUUGCGACCUUGCCCGACAAAUUUGAAAUUACAAUCAGUUACAAUCCAGAAGAUUAUGUCCAAGAUUUCAUAUAUACCUAUGGAUUCCUUCCUAAACAAGAAGAUUAUUUCCAAAUAUGUGAACUUAAAUUUGACAAUUUGGAGAAAUACAUUCAAGAUGGACUACUUUUAUGUAAAUGGAUGAGGAUAUUACCACAAGUACAACUUAUAAUAAACAAUAAGGAAGUGUACAUCAACUUAUUUAACAACAACCUUCCACUUCUAUUCAUUGAAGGAAUCACUUUUAAUAUGUAUUGGGAAGAUUUACUUCUCGACCAUUUCAGAACGUUCAAUAACAUCCCCGAGGAUUAUGACACGCAUAUUGAUGAUGAAGAAUUACAAAACAUGUUUGCAUAUCAAGAAGCAAAUUACGAUUAUAUCAAUGGAAUUGACCCAAUUGGGUUGUUAUAUAAUGGAGAGCCUUGCAUCACUUACUUGUCUAAAAUUCUCGAAAUCACCGGAAACGACACCGAUGAAGCAUAUGAUGUACUUGUAAGAAAGGCAAUUGAUUUUAUAAUCUGCUACAUUAAAGAACGUCUUGAAGUUAUUGAAAAGAGUAAAGGAUCCCAUAAAAUUGAAAAUAAUUUCGAUGAAAUGAUACAGUCAUAUGAUGAGUACAAGGAAGACAUAAUCAAGAGAAUGAUUGCAAAAUACGAACAUGAUCCCUUGAGUUUACUCUUGCCAGAACUGCUUGCCAACCCAGAAUGGGAAGUUUACUAUAGAACAGCACCACGUGAAUUGAAAUUGGAACAAAAGACUGACGAACUGGAUGGUGUGUCUGUUCAUCUUGAAGAGAGAUAAGACCUUUUAGACGUUAAUAGCUAAUCACAUAAUUUAAUUUUAUAGAGAAUUUAUGCAAUAACUUCUGCAAAAUAUAAUGGCACCUAGCUCGGCAGAGGUCAUUGCGCGUAUUGUUACAUCA